AUGCCGCACCUUCUGAGUGCAGUUUCCAUUGCCGACUUCGAUCCACCUUUCACAUCGAUGGUCUGCUCCAAACAGACUCCUCGUGAGAUACUUAGCUCGGAGAGGAUCCGAGUGGAACGCAGCUUUGUGGAUUCUUCGAAACUUCUUCGAAGAAUCCACAAAGCUACGGUGAGUGGUUCUCCUUUAAUGGUCGGAUAG